AUGGACACGUUCUUGGACUUGGCUCAUAUUAUGAACAAAGAAAUGGCUAAGGAAUUGAGGAGUGCAGUUAUAAAGUUCUAUAAGAUCAAAUACUUCCAUGAUUUCACGAAUUAUGUCAUUAGUUUGGAAGAGAUGAUAGACAUAAUCGAAACCUGUCUAAUUGACCCUAUCGAAAAGAUAGCUCACAUCCGGGACCAGUUUCAUAAUGUAAUAAAGAAUUUUCAAGAUGUGCGACACUUCGAAACAGUGAACAAGUGUAUAAACGAACUGCCGGAUGAAGUUGCAGCUGCGCAUUGUAUUCUGCAUCAAGCCGUUCUCUUUAAUGAAACUAUGCAAGAUAGUCUGGUGUCCAUCGUGGAGAUCAAGACGAGGCAGCAUGCGCGAGCUAUGAACACUUCACUAUACAAUGUACAAGUGUGCUUGAACGAUUUUGUGCCUCACUUCUACGAGCAGUUAAUUGUAGACCCUUACACGGAAAAAUGUGGAUACCUAAAAAUUGUGAACGCAUCUAUACACGAUCUAAUAAGGGAUAAAUGGAGGAGCAGCAGAGAGCUACUAUUUCCAAAAAAAUGGAGCUUACUGGUUGGUUUUCUUAAGGAAAAGUAUAGU